AGUCGCGGACGCGCGUGGAGCGGCAGACGCGGCGCGCACGGGAGCGUCCGCCGGUGCGGCAACACGCGAUGACUGACGAUCGGCGCCCCUGACCGUGGGGGGGUCUUCUCUCCGCUCUCCCGCUCGGAUUAACGCUCGCGCCCCCCGCCCCCGUGACGAGGAAUAUGCUGCCUUUUCCCGCCGGCUGUGAGGAUUUGUAAGGAAUUGCGAGCGCCCCCUCGCCCACCCUUACCCCCCCAACCCCGUCUUCCCGGAAGCCCCCCCCCCCCAGUCCGACCCCCGUUUUUCCCAGAGAGGACACAGGUGUGAUCGCAUGAGCGCAAACUCACCUUGGAGGUCCUCCACCCACACCUGCGCCCCCCUCCUCUUUCUUCCAGCUGGCAAAGUGUGACCCCUCACUUGCCCCCCCCAACCCCCGAUAACCCCCCCACCUUAAAAAAAAAAUCAUGAGACUAUCCAAAAUGUGCCGCCUGAACGCGCUGAGCAUCUACUUGUGGGAGACGCUCGUGUUCUUCAGUUGUGUGUCGGGCAGCCUGGCGGCGUCCAAAGAGGCGGCGGCUCGGAAAGCCGCCUCGCCCAUGCCGCCCUCCGAAUUCCUCGACAAGCUGAUGGGCAAAGUGUCGGGCUACGACGCCAGGAUCCGACCCAACUUUAAAGUGUGGAACAAAGACCCCAAAGGCUCCAAAAAUGAAGCUACUCACAAGAAAGGUCCGCCCGUCAACGUCACCUGCAACAUCUUCAUCAACAGUUUUGGCUCCAUUGCUGAGACCACAAUGGACUACCGGGUGAACAUCUUCUUGAGGCAGCAGUGGAACGACCCGCGUCUGGCGUACAAAGAGUACCCGGACGACUCCUUGGACCUGGACCCGUCUAUGUUGGACUCCAUCUGGAAGCCCGACUUGUUUUUCGCCAACGAGAAGGGGGCCAACUUCCACGAGGUCACCACCGAUAACAAGCUGCUACGCAUCUCCAAGAAUGGAAACGUGCUCUACAGCAUACGAAUAACGCUGGUUCUGGCUUGUCCCAUGGAUCUGAAGAACUUCCCCAUGGAUGUGCAAACUUGCAUCAUGCAGCUGGAGAGUUUCGGCUACACCAUGAACGACCUGAUCUUCGAGUGGGACGAGAAAGGCGCCGUGCAGGUGGCCGAUGGCUUGACGCUGCCUCAGUUCAUCCUCAAAGAGGAAAAAGACCUCCGAUACUGCACCAAACACUACAACACAGGCAAGUUCACGUGCAUCGAGGCCCGUUUCCACCUGGAACGUCAGAUGGGUUACUACCUGAUUCAGAUGUACAUCCCGUCCCUGCUCAUCGUCAUCCUGUCCUGGGUCUCCUUCUGGAUCAACAUGGACGCCGCCCCCGCCCGGGUGGGCCUGGGCAUCACCACCGUGCUCACCAUGACCACGCAGAGUUCCGGUUCCAGAGCCUCCCUACCCAAGGUGUCGUACGUGAAGGCCAUCGACAUCUGGAUGGCCGUGUGUCUACUGUUCGUCUUCUCGGCGCUGCUGGAGUACGCCGCCGUCAACUUCAUCGCCCGCCAGCACAAAGAACUCCUUCGCUUCCGCCGGCGGCGACGGCACAUGAAGGAGGAUGACGGCGGCGACGGGCGGUUCAGCUUUGCCGGCUCGGGUUACGGCGUGGGCCCGGCGUGCCUGCAGAAGGACGGCAUGGCGGCCAUCAAGGGCAACAACAACAACGCGGCUGCGGCGGCGGGCGGGGUUCCGGCGAGCGGCGGCCCGCCCGAGAAGAGCAUCGAGGAGAUGAAGAAACUCUUCAUCAGUCGCGCCAAACGCAUCGACACGGUGUCGCGCGUGGCCUUCCCCCUCGUCUUCCUCAUCUUCAACAUCUUCUACUGGAUCAUCUACAAGAUCAUCCGCAGCGAGGACAUACACAAACAAUAAUUCGCUCAAUCUCCGUCCUUCCUCCUCUUCAUCCUUCAUCGUCCUCUUCUUCAGGACAGAAGACAACGCUUCGUCCUCCCUUCUGUCCUCUUCGUCUUCCCGCAGACAGGAAGUGAAUGGCUGCAUGCCAAAAAAAAGAAGGAAAAAAAAAACUAUGACUCUUCUUAGCAAUGGAGGCCACGCCCACUCUACGUGAGGGAGGAGUCACGUGUGUGAGUGGGCGGGGUUGAACAAAUGCCACAAACUUAACCUCCACCCCCUGACGGGACGCUAAUGCGAUAUUUACAAAAGAUUUUGCUUCUAUGCUAAUGCUAGCACGCUAAUAACCCCGAUGCAGCAGUUGCUUAUUGUGGGGAUGCUUUGCAAAGCACAAAAGUUAUCGCUUUUUGGCAAAAACGACAAAAAAAAAUUCCCCUUCAUUUGCAGUACCUUCAUUUCCAUUUGCACAUACAUCAUCCACAAAAACUGCAUUAUUUUUGUCAAGAAAACCUUGAAUUGCCCCUGCCCCCCCCACAAAAAAAACAACAGGAAGUGACCCAUAAACGUCCCAAAAUCAAUAGAAAGUGACAGAAAAUCAACAGGAAGUUCCUACAAAAUAAUAGUCCUGGAAUGCCCCAAACCCAAGAGGAAGUGCUCCAAAAUGUACAGAAGGUAACCCAGGAUUGUCCCAGACCCAACAGGAAGUGACAAAAUCAACUGUAAAUGACUUACAGAUGCCCCAAAAUCAGUAAGAAGUCACCCAAAAUCAACAGGAAGUGACCCCGGAAAUGCCCCAGAUCCAACAGGAAGUGACUAAAUUGAGAGGAAGUGACUUAAAAAUUCCCCAAAAUCAAUACGAAGCGACCCAAAAUCAACAGAAACUUACCACCAAAUCAAUAGGAGGUGAGCCUGUAGUGCCCCAAACUCAAUAGGAAGUGACCCAAAAUCAACAGGAAGUGACAAAAUCGACAGGAAAGGACAAAGACACGCAACGCAAUAUAUAAGACACCAACAGGAAGUUACCAAAAACUCAGUAGGAAAUGACCCAAAAUCAAUAGGUACUAAUAAAUACCCCUUAAAUAAAUAGGAAGUGACCAAACAUCAACAGGAAGUUACCACAAAAUACCUGGAAGUGGCCCUGGAAUGACCAAAAAUGAAAAGUACGGCACCCCGGAAUGCUCCAAAAUCAAUAUGAAGUGAUUUAUAAAUGCAAAAUCAAUAAGAAGUGGCCCAUAAAUGCCCUGAAAUGGGCGGACAGUGAUCAUCCAACCCAUGGAAUGCCUCCAAAUCAACAGGAAGUGACCCAAUAUGUACAGGAAGUGAACCCGAAAUGCCCCUAAAUCAACAACAAGUGACCCUGAAAUCCCCCACAUAUCGACAGGAAGUGACCCGAUAUCUACAGAAAGUAUGAAAUGUCUCAAAAUCAACAGGAAGUGACCCAAUAUGAACAGGAAGUGACCCAAUAUCAACAGGUGGUUAUCCAAUAUCAACAGGAAGUGACCAUGGAAUGCCUCAAAAUCAACAGGAAGUGACCCCAAAAGUCCCCAAAAUAAACAGGAAGUGACCCUGGAAUGCCUCCAAAUCAACAGGAAGUGACCAAUUGCGAACAGGAAGUGAACCUGGAAUGCCCCAAAAGCAACAGGAAGUGACCCUGGAAUGCGUCCUAAUCAACAAGAAGUGACCAAAUACGUACAGGAAGGCACCCUGAACCCCCUCCCCCCCAUAUCCAUAGGAUGUGACCCAAAAUCAACAGGAAGUGACCCGAUAUCUACAGAAAGUCUUAAGAUGCCUCAAAAUCAACAGGAAGUGACCCCGGAAAUUCCCUAUAUAAACAGGAAGUGACCCAAUACGAACAGGAAAUUACCCAGAUUGCCCCAAAAUCAACAGGAAGUGACCCUGGAAUGGCUCCAAAUCAACAGGAAGUGACCCCGGAAGUCCCCUAUAUCAACAGGAAGUGACCCAAUAUGAGGAGGAAGUGAACCCGAAAUCCUCCCCAUAUAAAUAGGAAGGGUCCCAAAAUAAACAGGAAGGGACCUGAUAUCGACAGGAAGUCUGAGAUGCCUCAAAAUCAACAGGAAGUGACCCCGGAAGUCCCCUAUAUCAACAGGAAGUGACCCAAUAUGAACAGGAAAUGACCUUGGAAUGCCUCAAAAUCAUUAGGAAGUGACCCAAUAUGAACAGGAAGUGAACCUGAAAUGUUCCAAAGUCAACAGGAGGUGACCCUGAAAUGCCUCCAAUUCAACAGGAAGUGGCCCAAUAUGAACAGGAAGGGAACCUGAAAUGCUCCAAAAUCAACAGGAAGUGGCCCUGGAAUGCAGCCAAAUCAACAGGAAGUGACCUCAGAAGGAAGUCCCCUAUAUCAACAGGAAGUGACCCAAUGUGAACAGGAAGUGAACCCAAAAUCCUCCCCAUAUCAAUAGUAAGGGUCCCAAAAUAAACAGGAAGUGACCUGAUAUCGACAGGAAGCCUGAGAUGCCUCAAAAUCAACAGGAAGUGACCCCGGAAGUCCCCUUUAUCAACAGGAAAUGACCCAAUAUGAACAGGAAGUUAACCUGGAAUGCACCAAAAUCAUGAGGAAGUGACCCCAGAAGUCUCCUAUAUCAACAGGAAGUGACCCAAUAUGAACAGCAAGUGAACCUGAAAUCCUCCCCAUAUCAAUAGGAAGGGUCCUAAAAUAAACAGGAAGUGACCUGAUAUCGAAAGGAAGUCUGAGAUGCCUCAGAAUCAACAGGAAGUGACCCCUGAAGUCCUCCAUAUCAACAGGAAGUGACCCAAUAUGAACAGGAAGUUAACUUAGAAUGCCCCAAAAUCAAUAGGAAGUGACCCUGGAAUGCCUCAAAAUCAUCAGGAAGUGACCCAAUAUGAACAGGAAGUAAACCUGAAAUGUUCCAAAGUCAACAGGAGGUGACCCUGGAAUGCCUCCAGUUCAACAGGAAAUGACCCAAUAUGAACAGGAAGUGACCCCGGAAGUCCCUUAUAUCAACAGGAAGUGACUCAAUAUGAACAGGAAGUUAACCUGAAAUGUUCAAAAAUCAAAAAAGAUGUGACCCUGGAAUGCCUCCAAUCCAGCAGGAAGUUACCCAAUUUGAACUGGAAGUGACCCUGCAAGUCCCCUAUAUCAACAGGAAGUGACCCAGUGACCCCAGAAUUCCCCUCUAUAGACAGGAAGUUACCCAGUAUGAACAGGAAGUGAACCUGGAAUGCCCUAAAAUCAAUAGGACGUGACCUUGGAAAGCCUCCAAAUCAAGAGGAAGUGACCCUGAAAUCCCCCCAUAUUAACAGGAAGUGACUUGAUAUCAACACGAAGUGACCCUUGAAUGCCUCAAAAUCAACAGGAAGUGAACCCGAAAUGCCCUCAAAUCAAAGGGAAGGGACCUCAAAAACCUUUCCGCAUCAAUAGGAAGCAUCCCAAAAUAAACAGGAAGUGACCCGAUAUCGACAGGAAGUCUGAGAUACCUCAUAAUCAAACCCUGAAAUCCCCCUAUAUCAACAGAAAGUGACUCAAUACGAACAGGAAGGUCUAACCCUAACCUCAACCCUAAACCUAACAGCAAGGGUGUAACCCUAACCUGGGUCACCCCCUAACCUCAACCCUAAACCUAACAACAUGGGUGUAACCCUAACCCUAACCUGGGCCACCAACCAUCAUCAUUGCAGCAAAGCAUCCUCACACAAUUUGUUUAGAUACAUCAUUUAUUUUUUUUUCUUUCAUCUCAGUGCUUUAAUUAUCGACUCAUAUUCCCUGAUUAUUAGUUCUAUUUUGAACUGGUGUUUUUGCUUCAUUUUAAACUUAUUAUUUAAAAAAAUAAUAAUACAUAUUUCCCAUUUUAACCCUUUCUUUUAUAGGUUUACAUUCUUUUAUGACAAAGAUUUAUUUUUUCAAUUAAGGUAUCUAUGAAUUUUUUGUAUUUGCUUUAAAUAUGACGUUACACUACAUUCACGCAAUAUUUUUAUUAUUUUUUUAAUGUACCUGUUAUGAUAAUAACAUCCUACUUUUGUCUUAACGUAUUCUGUAGAUGGAUGGAUUUUUUUUUUUUUAAUCGAUCCAAAUUAAUUUUCAACCAGUAUUUGAUAUAAUUAUUUUACUUAAUUAUUAUCCAUGGCUCGGUCGGCUUCUCUAUGCAAAGAGCUACGUAUGCAAAGCACGAACGUGGUCGGGCUUAUCAUUUCUCGUGUCCGUCGCACUCCGGGACGACAGGGGGCGAUGUUCAAAACAAACGCUGCUUGUUUCCACGGCGACGGCGCCACCCGCCGUGUCAUUUUUCGGGCCAGGCGACGACGCCUUGAUCACAUUUUGUGCCGCUACCGCUAACUAGCUAGCAUGCUAGCUAGCUUGCCGGCUAACACUUUGUGUGCACGUGAAAAAAUAAUAAGGACCUACAAAAACGGGGGUGGGCAAAGCUUUUCAAAAGAGAAAAAAAAUGGUGACAAUAAUGUAUUUUUACGGAUAUUUAACAUGCGUCGCAAAUAUCUCAUCGGGUUUUUUUUUUUUUUCAUGAUUGUUUUAUGAAAUUAUUGAUGGCUUUUGUUAUAAGACAUAAAAUGUGAAAAUGUAAAUAUUCAAUGAGAUGAAUUCAUAAUUUAUUUUUUAUGGCUGUUGAUAUUUUUGACGGUUUCUAUUUAUUUGGUAUUUAUUCAUAGUAUUUAUUUUUAAUCUGUUGAAUGGAUUCUAUAUUAAAUUCAAAUACUAUUUAACAAUAUAUAAAUAAUAAAUUGAUUAUAUUUUUUAUUUGACAAGUAAUGAGAAAAUUUCAUCAAAAUUAUUUCUAUUAUUUGAAGUGUUGAUUGAAUGAGACAAAUUAAAUAUGCCAAUUAUCAUUUUUGGGGGAUUAGCUACCAUGAAAUAUUUGUAUGGUACGGAAGCGUAUUGCAGCCACCCCAAAAUAUAAUAAUAAAGUCCAGUAUCACGUUUUUACAUGAUAGCAUCACGUCUUACGAUACUAAUACAUUUUUACUUGAUAUUUAUCACAAUUUUACAUUAUAGUUGUUUUUAAAUGAUAGAAUCACGUUUUCACAUGAUAGCAUCACAUAUAUACCAGUUAGCAUCACAUUUAACAUAAUACUUAUCACAUUUUUACAUGAUAGAAUCACAUUUUACAUGAUAAUUAUCACGUUUUUACAUGGUAAUAAGUUUUUACCAUGUUUUUACAUGAUAAUUAUCAGGUUUUUACAUGAUAGGAUCACAUUUAACAUAAUUAUCCCACUUUUUCAUGGUAGUAUAACAUUUUACAUGAUAAUUGUCCCGUGUUUACAUUAAAGAAUCACAAUUUUACAUGAAGGAUCACAUUUUUACAAGAUAUUUAUCACGUUUUUACAUGAUACCAUCAUGUUUUUACAUGACAUCAGUAUCUCAUUUUUACAUGAUAGUAUCACAUUUUACAUGAUAAUUAUCACGUUUUUACUUGAAAGCAUUACCAUUUUACAUGAAGGGUCACAUUUUUACAUGAUACGAUCAAAAUUUCGCAUGUUAGCAUCGCGUUUAACAUUAUAACUAUCAGUUUUACAUGAUAGUACCACAAUUUACAUGAUAAUUAUCACGUUUAUACAUGAUACCAUCACAUUAAAUGAUAUUAGCAUGUUUUCUUUCACAUUUUCAUGUUAACUAUUACGUUUUUACAUUAUACUUAGCACGUUUUUACAUGAUAGUAUCAUGUUUUUACAUGAUAAUUAUCACGUUUUUACAUGAUAGAUCACAAUUUUACAUGUUAGUAUCACGCUUAACAUAAUAAUCUUUUUACAUGAUAAUCAUCACGUUUUUACAUGAUACCAUCACGUUUUUACAUGAUAGGAUCACAUUUUUACAUGUUAGUAUCACAUUUAACAUGAUAAUUAUCCCAUUUUUUCAUGAUAGGAUCACAUUUUACAUGAUAAUUGUCACGAGUUUACAUGAUAAUUUCAUGUUUUUACAUGAUAAUUGUCACGUUUUUACAUGAAAGCAUCAUGUUUUUACAUGAUAGGAUCACAUUUUACAUGAUAAUUAUCACGUUUAUACAUGAUACCAUCACAUUACAUGAUAUUAGCAUGUUUUCAUGAUACUAUCACGUUUUCACAUGAUACUUAGCACGUUUUUACAUGAUAGUAUCAUGUUUUUACAUGAUAAUUAUCACAUUUUUACAUGAUAGGAUCACAUUUAUACAUGUUAGUAUCACGCUUAACAUAAUCAUUCACGUUUUUACAUGAUACCAUCACGUUUUUACAUGAUAGGAUCACAUUUUUACAUGUUAGUAUCACAUUUAACAUGAUAAUUAUCCCAUUUUUUCAUGAUAGUAUCACGUUUUUACAUGAUAAUUGUCACAUUUUUACAUGAUAAUUUCAUGUUUUUAGAUGAAAGCAUCACAUUUUUACAUGAUAGGAUCACAUUUUACAUGAUAAUUAUCACGGUUAUACAUGAUACCAUCACAUUACAUGAUAUUAGCAUGUUUUUAUGAUACUAUUACGUUUUCACAUGAUACUUAGCACGUUUUUACAUGAUAGUAUCAUGUUUUUACAUGAUAAUUAUGACGUUUUAUAUGAUAGGAUCAAAUUUUCGCAUGUUAUUAUCGCGUUUAACAAAAUUAUCACAUUUUUACAUGAUAGUAUCACAAUUUAUAUGAUAAUUAUCACGUUUAUAUAUGAUGCCAUCACAUUAUUACUUGACAUUAGCAUACUUUCAUGAUACUAUCACGUUUUCACAUGAUAAUUAGCACGUUUUUACAUGAUAGUAUCAUGUUGUUACAUGAUAAUUAUCACGUUUUUACAUGAUAGAUCACAUUUUUACAUGUUAGUAUCACGCUUAACGUAAUAAUCUUUUUACAUUAUAAUUAUCACGUUUUCACAUGAUACCAUCACGUUUUUACAUGAUAAUUAUCAUAACAUGAUAAUUAUCAAAGUUUUACGUGAUAGUAACCCAUUUUACAUAAUUAUCAUGUUUUUACAUGAUGGCAUCACGGGUUAACAUGAUAAUUAUCAUAUUUUUACAUGAUAGUACCAUGACUUAACAUGAUCAUUAUAAUAUUUUUACAUGAUAGUAUCACGUUUUUACAUGGUAGUAUCACAGUUUUACAUGAUAGUAACUUGUUUUUACAAGAUGUAUCAUGUCUUUACAUGAUAAUUAACACAUUUUUACAUGAUAGUCUCACGUUUUUACAUGAAAAUUAUUACAUUUUUAUGUGAUACUGUAACGUUUUUACAUGCUAUGAUGUAAAAACGUGUUACUGGAUUUCCGUAGUAUGGCUAUUAAUAAUUACACUGGAUGUUUAUUUAAUUACUUUCAUGGUAUUACUUCAGUUACUUUAAAAACCUCAUUUUUUUAAAAAAAAAAUCUUAUUUUGGUCAUCUCCAAAUGUGUUAUGUAAUGUGGGCGUGGCCGCAUAUGUAUUUUUGCCCACCCCUGGCCUGACCUCUGACCUC